CAUUUGCAAAACGUUUUGCUAUAAAAAGACUUUAAAAUCAAUCCAUUGUUUGCAUCACUCGUUGGACACAAACAUAUCUGAACGCUAUGUUUGGCUCCAAUAAUAAGUCUUUGUUCGGCAGUUCCAGCACUUCCAGCGCCUUCGGACAGCCAAACACUUCCACAUUUGGAGUGCAAUCGCAGCCAACGAAUGGUCCCUUCGGAGGAAUGGCUGCAUCGCAACCGCAACAGACAUCACUCUUCGGCUCAGCCACUGGUCAGCCGUUGUUUGGGUCGACGCAGAGCUCUAUAUUCGGGUCGACGCCAAACACGGGCACAACCAAUACGUUUGGCUCGCAAUCGACGGCCAAUGCUUUCGGCGGAACCACUUCUUCUAUCUUCGGCGGAACCCAACAAAACAACUCACUCUUUGGCGGCAAUCGGUUCGGCACUGCGGCCACCGCUUCGCCAUUCGGUAGCACUUCGUUGGCGCCAACGAUGGCCGCACCCAACGGAACGACCGUUAAGUUUAACGCAACGGCCGGAACCGAUACGAUGAUGAAGAACGGACUCUUGUUCAGCAACCUUCUCGAGUCUGAGCUCCUGAUAUACCGGUUAUCCUUUCCGGGCGUUGUCAGCUGGCCAUACAAACCGUUGUGCUGCCCUCACAGCGGCCCUUUGUACAAGCCGCGGAGGACCGCCCCUCAGAACACAUUCAAUGCCACUCAAAACACGAGUCUUUUCGGUCAAAAUAAGCCCACUUUCGGGUCAAUGGCUCCGACGGGACCGACGCCUACAUCGAGUACGGGUCUGUUCAACACUUUUCAACAAAACAAACCAAUGUUUGGAAACACCACUUCAUUUCCAAGUGUCACGUCUCAGCCGUCGACCACUUCUAUGUUUGGUUCGGUUUCCACAUCUAAUCCCACACUUAAUAAUUCCUUUUUCAACACUGCGCCCAACACUACGGCUACUGUUAAGCCACUGUUUGGCGCGACGACAGCACCGACGCAGUCGUCUCUUUUUGGGGCAACAAAUGCACAGAACAAUAGUUUAGCCCCAAAGCCAUUGUUCGGCAAUCCGACCACUUCUGUGGCCCCGUUUGGCACAACUAAUACAUUAUUCAAUACGAGUCAACCUUCAAAUCUAUUCACCGGUUCUCAGCCAUCGCUGUUCAACACGGGUUCGGCCGCCAAUAACCAGACGCUAAACAAACCACUCUUCAACUUCAAUAGCACGCCAUCGAUGCCAUUGAACUCAUCGAUGGGCGGCACAGGAGUCACAUCGACGCCCAACAUGUUUGGCACCCCUUCUAACACGUUUGGGACGACGGGCUCAAUGUUCGGCGCCGUUCAGCCGAGCUUUAACUUCGGGCCCACAAACACCUCAUUCCAGUCCAACGCCUUUCAACCAAACACUGGACUGCAGCCGAUGCCCACCGCCAGCCCGUCAGUCAAUACCGACCAAUUAGUGACUCGUUUCCAGACCUUCCCGUACGGAGAUUCGCCGCAAUUGCAGAUCGAUGUGACCAUUUCGCCC